GUUUUAGAAGUGAUGAUCGAAUGACGUCCCGAUGAGGCUAGGAGCGUGGUCGGCCGUUGGGCGCGGGCCCGUUUUCCCGCCAACGACGCGUCUCCACUCCCGCGCCAAAUGGCCGUGGUUGUCGUUCGUCGGUCGCCAGGGCCAGUGGAUUUCUUCAUUCGACACCCUUACUCCAACCAUGUACGUCCAGGUGAGGACGAUCGAUGGCAAGAAAAACGUGACCGUGACCAUUUCCAAGCUCACCACCGUCCACGAAUUCAAAGGGAUCGUGGAAAAAGAGCUCGAUGUCAAAGUGGACAAGCAAAGGCUCUUCUACAGGGGAAAACAGCUUGAAGACGAGUACAAAUUAUUUGACUACAACAUAAAUGUAAAUGAUGUCAUACAACUUAUGGUAAAGGUUGACCCUUUACCAGAGCCACCAAAAGAGGAAAAUAAACAAGCAGACGAACCUAGUAAAUUAUGCAAAAAUGAGGAAAAGCCAUAUGCAAUUGAAGAAGAAGGACCUCCUUGUGAAAGUGAAUAUUUUAAAAUCGGAGAUUAUGUUGACGUCAAGGAUUUCCGUUACGGAGCUUGGUUCGAGGCCAAAGUGAUCGGAAUUUACAAAGAUUUAAACAAGGUUGAUACACAACUGGAAGAAAAUGAUGAUGGAUUGCUUUAUAAAGUUGCAUUUAGACUCUAUGAUAAUGAAGGAACAAUAAGUGUCAGUCUGAAAGAUAUCAGGCCGAUUGCCAGAACGACUAUCCAUUCAUCCGAUGUAAAAGUCGGUGACCUUAUAAUGGUGAAUUAUAACAUUGAAGAGCCGAAGGACAGAGGCUACUGGUAUGACAUGGAGGUUAAAACCAUUGUUGAAAAUAACAGGAAGAAACUGACCAUUAAAGGCACUUUAUUAGUCGGAACUGAAAACACUCGCUUGGACGACAGCAUAGUUGCUUUUGUCGAUGAAAUAAUGAAGAUAGAAGAACUUAAAAAAAUUUCUGAAAGAUCUGAAGAUGAAUUAAUGCUCAUGCAAACUGAUGUUAAGCAAAAACGCAAGCACGCCCCUUUUUGUACUUCAUGUGGGGACAAUGUAAGGAAAAAGUGCAAAGAAUGUGGUUGUGCUCAUUGUGGCAAAAAGAAUGACCCAGGAAAACAAAUAGUCUGUGAUGAAUGUGAUAUGUCUUAUCAUAUUUGGUGUUUGAAUCCACCAUUGAGCGCAGUCCCAGAUGUCGAUGAAUGGUAUUGCGCCGAGUGUAAGAACGACGACACUGAGAUUGUAAAAGCUGGUGAAAAGCUGAAAGAAUCAAAGAAGAAGGCAAAAAUGGCAUCAGCAAAUUCGAACACGACCAGAGAUUGGGGCAAAGGGAUGGCAUGUGUCGGCAGGACAAAAGAAUGCACUCUCGUGCCACCAAAUCAUUUCGGUGAAAUUCCUGGUAUUGAAGUGGGGACAAUUUGGAAAUUUAGAGUUCAGGUUUCGGAAGCAGGUGUUCACCGUCCUCAUGUGGCUGGUAUACACGGAAGGGAGAGUGACGGUGCAUACAGCAUUGUUUUGAGCGGCGGUUAUGAAGAUGAUAUUGAUAACGGAGAGGAGUUUAUGUACACAGGGUCAGGAGGAAGAGAUUUGUCCGGUAACAAGAGAACAGCCGAACAAAGCUGUGACCAAACUCUUACUAGAAUGAAUAAGGCAUUGGCGAUGAAUUGUAACAUACCGCUAGAUGCAAAAAAAGGAGCAGAAGCGAAAAAUUGGAAGGGAGGAAAGCCAGUUAGAGUAGUUAGAAAUUUCAAACUUUCUAAGCAUUCAAAAUAUGCCCCUGAGGAAGGAAAUAGAUAUGACGGCAUUUAUAAAGUGGUGAAAUAUUACCCAGAAAAAGGCAAGUCUGGAUUCCAAGUUUGGCGCUAUUUAUUGAGAAGGGACGACCCAUCCCCUGCUCCAUGGACAAAGGAGGGCAAGAAGAGAAUUGCAUCACUUGGUCUUGAAAUAAUGUAUCCAGAAGGUUAUUUAGCAGCUAUGGAAAAUAAGGAUAAAGAAAAUAAACCGGAAAACAAGUUAAAAAGGUACCUCACAAAAGAUUUGAGUAAAGAACCAAGUCUUAAGAAGCAGAAGGUUGUUGCUUAUAAACUUGAAACUGGCAUCAAAGACAAUAUCACAAAAGAUGCUCAGAAUAGAAAGCACUGGCAAAGCUUAAUGGAGUUUCUCUCUUAUGGAAAAAAGGUAUUCCUAGAGAAAACUGAGGAGCAGUUCAUGUGCAUUUGUUGUCAAGAAUUGGUCCACGUGCCAAUAACUACGCCCUGCGGUCACAAUAUUUGUUCUAUGUGCUUGAAAAGGUCAUUUUCCGCUGAAGUCUUUUCAUGCCCUGCCUGCAGAGAGGACCUUGGGAAGAAGUUUGAAAUGGUUGAGAACACAACACUGCAGGACAUCCUCAGCGCGCUUUUCCCAGGAUAUACUGCUGCUAGAUGAGAAUGUUCUUUUCUUCUCAUGAUA